GGCCGGGGAGCGGCCCGGCACCUCGGGCUGGGCUGCGGGCUGGGGGUGGGAGCCAUGGACUCGGCGCCAGCCUUUGCCAUGGACAAGCCGUUCGCCCCCGGCGCCGUGCGCGGCCCGGAGCCGCCCGAAAACGCUCAAAGCCGGAAAAACUUCAGCGUGAGCCACCUCCUCGACCUGGAGGAGGUGGCGGCCGGUAUGAACGGGACCCCCGCGGCCGGUCCCCCGCCCGCCGGCGGCGGCAAGGCCAUCCCGGAGCCGUCGGGAGGCAGCAGCGGCAGCGAGGCAGCGCCCCAGGACGGAGAGAGCCUGAGCCCAAGCUGCGGGGCAGCCAAGAGGAAGAAGAAGCAGAGGAGGAACCGCACCACCUUCAACAGCAGCCAGCUGCAGGCUCUGGAGAGGGUCUUUGAGAGGACGCACUACCCCGACGCCUUUGUGCGGGAGGAGCUGGCCAGAAGGGUCAACCUCAGCGAGGCCAGAGUCCAGGUGUGGUUUCAGAACCGGAGGGCCAAGUUCCGCCGUAACGAGAGGGCGAUGCUGGCCAACAGAUCGGCGUCGCUGCUCAAAUCGUACAGCCAGGAAGCAGCCAUCGAGCAGCCCAUGGCACCACGACCCACUGCACUGACCCCUGAGUAUCUCUCGUGGACCAGCACCUCCCCGUACAGCACUGUGCCCUCCUAUAGCUCCAGUGGGACCGCAACGCCCACCCAGGGGGUGAACAUGGCCAACAGCAUCGCCAGCCUGCGCCUCAAAGCCAAAGAGUUCAGCCUCCAUCAGAACCAGGUGCCGACCGUGAACUGAGCAGGGCAAACCCCAUCCCAUGGCCUCCUCCAGGAUACAGCGCGGAGCUCCUGUGCCGGUCCAGGACGAACCCGCCGCCUGCCCAACACACAUGCCACUCAUCCAAUGUCUCAGCAUCUUCUCUCCUCUUCCCUUCCCUCCUGAAGGUAGAGUCAGUCCCAGGCCGAAGUGGCACAUAAUUAUAGCCACAUAUGGAGCGAACUUGGUUAGAAACUUGCUUUUCCGCACACCCUUAUAAUAACGGCUAUAUAUACACACAUACCCCCCACACGCUCUUUGAGGACAAACAGACUUGCCAAGGGAACAAGAAUUUGCUUCCAAACAUGGAAGGAUCUUGGACUAUUGGAUUUGACCAAUUUGGGUAUCUUGCCCAGAGAGCCAAAGAGUUAUUGGGUCUUCUCCUCCCGCAGGGACACUGUGGGAGGAUGACGGGCCCCCCUUUCCGCCAGGCUGUGACUUGCGGCGCUCAACUGUGUGUGCCAAAGCUGAUCCAUGUGUUCGUUUCUUUGUGCGACCCCGGCCACAGUGUGGGGUUUGGGACUUCCCAAAGUUUGGGACUUUGGGAAGCCGAUGGCUCACCCAUGCCAUGGCCAGUCUUGGCCAGCCCUCUGCGCUGUGCUUCCUGCAUUUAGGAGCUGCCUAUGCUGAUGGCAUCAGGCUUUGUCCCUUCCCAGAGGGGCAAGCAGAGCUGCAGCACCUCAACAGACCCUCCUGGAGCCUGUGAGCUCUCCCGUGAGCUGGGGAUGCAUCGCCAGUCCCCGAGCAGGCACCGCUGCCCCGCCUCGGUGGAUUUGCCAGCGAUUCCGCAGAGCCCCAGGUCAUUGAACAGUCCCAGGGAAUGAGAAAAUUGGAAAAAGCUGUUGGGUUUCAGCUGAGUAGGCGGCUCCCAGCGCUUCGUGCCAACGAAGGCUUCGCCUUCCGGAGGCACAGCCUCCCCGUCGGCAGCUCCGCAGAUGUGCUCGGGGGUCUGGGGCCGGCAGCUCCAUGGGGGGAGGCUGUUUUGGUUUUGCAGAAAGGAAAUGGUUUCCCCCUCAUCCCACCCUGCUGCGCAGCCUAAUGAGGCUCCAAGGUGGGACGUGCAGGGGAUGGACACGGGGUGGGCAGCCUGGCCCUAAGCCACGGGACUGAGCUGUGGAGAGACACAGCCUCCACAUUCCCCUGCCAGCUCCACAGCUGGGGUGGUGGAGGUGUGGUGUCCCUGUGGACAAAGCCCACUGGAAACCACAUCACCCUUUCCUCACCCACUGGAAAGAGCCACCAGCCAAGCAUGGGGACACCACCAACUCAGAGGGUUGGCCUGGACAGAGAAGACACAGCCCUACUUCCCCAAAAUGGGGUGGUUUGGGGGCUGCAGCAAUAGAUCUGAGGACAAAUAGAGCAAUUGCUGAGGUGCCUCCUCCAGGUAAACAUCCUCUGGUUGGUGACACUGAGGCUGAAAGUGCCACAUCUACAAAGUGCCCACCUGAGUCCCCAGAGCUCCCAGGAGCAUCCUCUCCCAUUCCCACUGGGGCUCUCACUGCAGCUGCAUGUGGGACCCAGUGGCUGUGACACUGGGGCUGUCAGCUGCAACCCCAGGCAGCAUGGGGGGCUCACCCAGCACCCAGAGCUGGAGACCUGAUGGGAGAACCAUCUCCUCUGCCUGGGGGUGAACCAGCCCCUCCACCCUGCCUCCAGCCCCUGCCUUCUCUGCUCUACAGCGCAGCCCCCAGUUGGGAACAGCCACGUUCUCCUCCUCAAGGCUGGCAGGAAGGGAGAGGGCACAGCCUGACUGACACUGUCCCCCUCCUCCAGUGUCACCCUAAACACCCACCCUCUGCCCCCAUCUGUAUUUCCAGGGCUGGAAUCCCUCCCCAGCUGGCAUCUGUCAUGCCAGCUCCCCAAACUGCAUAGGGACCUGCCAAGCCAGGGGGAAGAGGGAUCCACUGUGGAUCAAGUCAUCCACCCUGAGAAACACCACUUGGGGCAGGAGGAGGGGGCCAGGGGGGUCCUAUUCCCAUGGAAAGCACAGGGCUCUUUUUUCAGUUAUACAAGACGAAACCACAGGGAUAUAAAUGUCGCUGCCUCUUUGAGAACAUUAAUGAAAAUAAACCCAUUUAAUAGUUUGCAGAUGCUGUUUCUGUAAACCUAAAAAAAGCAGGGAAUAAAUAUUUCUUCACUAAAUAUCUAUAUGUAUAUAUAUAUUUGAAAACAUUUGCUCCUAAUCUUAGGGCCCCUCCUUUGCUGUGCUUUUGGCAGCUUAUCACAGCUUGUCAGUCAAUGCUGAACUCACCAAGAAGAGAUACAAAUUGCACCCAUGGAGGGGUAGCAGGACCGAGGGAUUAUUGUAAUCUAAGCUCUCUCUCGCCCUUUCUAUUUGUACAUUUCAAUUACUUGUAAUGAGAUCCAUGGUGGAUUUGGUUUUUUUUUCUUCUGCAUGUCUGUGUUUUGGAAAUUUUUGUAAGGUUUUUGUAAAAACAACUCUUGUGAAAUAAUGGAGGAAUAAAUAUUUUACUGAGUAGAGACGUGUCAGUGCAUGUGACAGGGACCUGAGUCUUCCAUCACCAGCCACUGUGGUUUGCCCACCUGGCCUGGACAAGCAGCCUGGGCAGAAAUUGAAUUAAGAGGCAGCAAGGAGGGUCAGAUUCUGCACAGAAAUUGAGCUGAAAGAAACCAAAGGGUAGAAAUAAACCACCAGAUUGUAGAGCACUUUCCAGGGAGUGAAGGCCCACGGGUGCAGAGCAGGCACUGAGCACUCAAAACAAGAGGAAUCAGUGGUCAGGCAAAGGUGAUACCAAAUAGUUGAGGCAGCAAAGUUAAAAAGCAAAGUUAAACAGGGCUCCAGAAGCUCACAGUGCUGAGCUAUCAAGCAGCAGAUUUAAUGCAAUGUGGAGAGGUGUGAAGAUAUGCCUUGGGGAAACUGCCCAGCACAUGCUCAGACUGAAAGGCAGCGAGUCAAGUGGCAGGAAUUGCUAGGAAAGGAUCAGAGAGCAAGGCAGAAAGCGUCCUCACUGCACAAAUGAAGCCUGAAAUCCAUUGCCCCAAGAUACUGUGGAGAUCAAUGCUACGGUGCAUUCAGAGAGGGUGAGAAAGUUAAUGGUGGGUGCGUGUUGGUGCAACGUGGCAGGGAUUCAACUGCUGGGCAGAAAUCUGCUGCCCUGCCGACUCCAGGAGAGCUGGGAGGAGAAGGGACACCUGGGCUCCCCUUGUUUCUUUUACUUGCCUUCACCUGCUGAAUUGCAGCAGCCUCCUGUCAGGCCAGCUCACAUGGUGUCACUUUCAGGAUGUCUCUGUCACCUCCUCCUCCCCCCCGGGCCAUCCUCAAUCCCCCCACACAGCCAGGGGACCACAGCACUAUCCUAUGCACCCAGAGAGGCUCAGCUCCAUGAGAGCCACAGGAUCAGCUCCCUCCCAGCAAACCUUUGUCCUUCCCAUCACCAGUGGCUGUUGGGACACGUGGAUCCAAGGCUGAGGAACAAUGCAUCCUGGCUUUCCCUAGAGGGGAACAAGGCUCAUCCCACAUCAUCCCUGCAGCACCCAGCAGGAGCAAGUCCCCAUACUGGACAUCACCCCAGGCCCACCAUGGUCCCAUGCACUCGACCAUCCCUGCCAAACUGCUCUGCUGCUGCUUUGUAACCACUUAUUUAUUCAUUCAGUAAGUGGCUUGUAGAUCAUUAAGGCAAAUUUUCCAACCUCCUGCAUAAAGAAUAUCACCCAAGCAGCAUCCUCAUGUCCUCAGCAUGUGGCCAGUGCAGAGCACCCCUCUGGAAUGCAUCCAGCCCUGAGUCAAGAGACCCUUGGAAGUGAUGAACUUACAGAUCCCAGGGCAGAUUCCUCCAGUGACUCAUCACUGUUGACUGCUGGAAAUAUGUCACUUAUUUCCUGCCUGAACUGUCCCAACUUCAGUUCAUCUGCCACCAGAGCAGAAGGUCUCAACCCAUGGUCAGUCAGCUCUCAGGAGCUGAUGGACAUUGAGGGGUCUCAAACCAGGAGACAGACAAGUGUGGAGAGCUGCAGCUCACCUGGCAGGGUCUGCACUCCACAGGAGAGGGAGAUACUGGGGGAAGGCUGUCAGUGAAGAGGAACUCAAGGGCAUUGUGCAACCUCUCCUCUUCCAGGACAGGGGGAUUUUUCCUCCCAGGAAGGGCACAUCCAUCACCAGUACUAAUUUCAGCAGGAGAGCUGUUCUCCAUCCAUGCACUACAACUUUGGGAAUGUGGGAAGGUUGCAAAGACAUUUGCAAACUGUUUCCUUCCUCAAAGCAGUUGGUUUUCCACCAGGUGAUUUCAAAAGGGCGGGUCUCAGGUGAUGGGAGUAUCUUUCUGGACCCCCUUUCCUUGUUUCUGACCCCACAGCCUGACACUUGUAUGUGACUUGCUGACUGAUGAAAAGUUGAAGUUUGCCCCUAGAAUAUUUUAAUGAGAACAAUUUUGUGUUGUCAUCAGCAUCGGCUGCUACAGCAGCAAGACAAAACCGAGCUCACAUUUUCCAGCUCAUGGGGACACCCACCUGGCUAUCCCCGUCCAGAAUGAAUUACAGAAUUACAGACAUAUCGUGGUUACAGCAUCCUCCUUUCCCUUUAUCCUUGUGCUGCUGAGCCCUUCUCCCUCUGGUGGCAACGGAAAGGUCUGAAGACCCUCUGAGUCCUGCUGGCACCAUCUACAAACUGCAGGAGCACAUGUUCCUUUGACAGCAACCUGUCACCUCCCAGCAGCAGAGCCCCUCCUGCCCUUUGGAGCAAUGCUUCUGUCCUGGGGGUUGUGAUGCUCACCCCAAACUCUAGAUUCCAUAUGGAAGGAGCAUCUCCUCCCUGCAGCAGAUAUUUUGCUCGCUGCUGCUUCUUUCCAACAUCACAGGGAAGCAACCUAAGGCAGUAGAGAAGCUGGAGGGUAGCUAUGCACAGGGGUGUAAUGCUUUAUAAUUACCUGGGAAGAAGGGAGGAAGCAAAGGUUCCUUUUGUAGCUGGUGUCACAAAACCCAGGAAGAGUUAUCAUGUGUAAGGAAGAACUAUUGCAUGGAGAUGCACAGUUGCACCACAACUUCAGAAGCAAUGGAAGUUUGCAAGGACAUUUACAAACUGUUUCCUUCCUCAAACCACUCCGCUUUCAACCAGGUGACUCCCAAAGAGCAAGUCUGUGGUGAUGGGAGGAUCUCCCUGGAACUGGCAUCGCAUCUGCCUGCUUUGGAGAGGCUGAUGGGCACUGGAGCAGACACCAGCCUCCGCCCCCUCAACCCGUUUCCCAAGGAAUGGCACCUUCCCUCCAUCCCAAACACCUCCAUGCGCACCCCCAGCUCUCCCCCAGCACACGGGGGGCGGAGGAUCCGCGGGUGCGGGUGCCCGGGCAGGGUCCCCGUGUCCCCCGCUGGGUCCCGCUGCCACACGAGGGUGCUGCAGCCCCGCGCAGCGCUGCGCAGCCCGCGGAGCCCGGGGCGAGCCCCGCCGCGCUGCCCCGCGCAGCGCCCGGCCGCAUCCCUCUGCCCGCCGCAUCCCUCUGCCCGCUCCGGGCCCGGCCGCAUCCCUCUGCCCGCCGCAUC